ACUUAGCUGUGACAGAACCACUCCUCAUCACAACAUGCAUUGGAGUACAAAAGAUGGGAUCAAGUUUCCUCAGAUGCUGCUGUAUAUCAGUCGUGACGCAGUAAAAAUAAGCCUUGUGGUAUGAGGAACAGCUGCUUCUACAGUCACACCAGCAUUUAGAUUCUACUACUCUGAUGAACUAAUGGUCCCAAAUGGAGUUGUUUACCCUUUAGUGGACUGGGAAGAAUUUCUACUUCCAAGAAACAUCAAACUUGACGUGAGACUACACUGAUUUCUGCAUGUUUUUUCUCUGCUCACUCGCUCUCGCCAGUCAUUUGGAGAUGUAGUCCAGCCAUGCUUUUUUUCUGCUUGUGCUCAACUGUGAUAUGAUGGGCAGCUAUAACUCAGCGCUCAUUCCUGACACAGAAGAGUUUGAUUCCAUUGUAUGGUCGAGUCUGAACGAGCAAAGCGCUCCUGUUGCAGAUGAGACGCUACAGUCAGAGCUCCGUUCUCUGGUAACGUUUAUGAUUGAGAAGGAAAGAAGAGAAAACCAAAGUGAAGGAAUGAAUUCUUCAGCAAAUGAAGAGAGCACUCAGGAAACAAGUCAGAAUUGUUCCCCCCUUCAAGCUGCAGCCAAGAAUAUGUCAAAGGAGUCUUUCUCCUCGCUGCUGCCGAAGGCUCUCUCUGCUGUGCUAAAUGCAGCAGUGCCCCCAACCCUCAACUCAGAUCCCCGACCAAGAAGCCCAGAGAAAAAUAUCAAGCCAAACGUAGAACAGCUGCAGGCCGAGUUAAAAGACCUCAGGGACCAGUUUGAACAGAUGAAGAGUCGACACAACAAAGAAAUUAAGCUGCUGAUGAAUGAGCUUGAUGAGGAGAAGAGGAUUCGCUUAACUUUACAGAUGGAAAUCCAGCGGAUGAAGAAGCACAUGUCGAAAUGAACAAGAAGGACUGGAUCAAGGGCAAGGGUUUCUGUUGUUACAUAUGCUUUAUGUAACUUUUUAAAGAAACUGAAAAUGAAAAUAAUCUUUUUCAUGCUUUUUUAAAAGGAAAAUGGACAGUUUAUUAUUAAAAGUAUCUGUGAGGUGGUUGAUUCACUCAAGUCUCAGUUAGGCAGUUGAAUAAGAUUACAAAGUGCAUAUAAAACACUGAGUCAUUGCUGAAAUGUCUCAAUCCAGUCCCAGGAAUCUAGGUGGUGUCCAAAUAAAGGCUUUUAAAAAUUGA